GGGUCCCAAGUUCAGGCCUGGCGGAGGGUAUCAGAAGCCCCAGGAUACGCGAGGCGCAAAUUCCAGCAGGGACCGUUAGCCUAGAAAAUAGAAAACUAGCCAGUGGCGUGAAACGUUGGGUACGAAAACCUUUAAGCACCUUAAACUAAAAUUGGCAACUUCAAAGAGGACGCACACUUUCCAACAAAGACCGCGCUCUGAGGUGGGUCUGCCGAAUUCCAGCUGAACCUAAGCCGCCCAACGGGAGCCUGGGCUGCUCGGGGUUCAGGAUCGGAACUUGAACCCAGGGUUCCUCAGGCCCCAGAAACCCAAGACUUUCUCCGCCCCGCCGGCCUUUUCUUGGAAGCACUCAGGACACCUCCCCCUGCGAGGUGGAGGAAAGAGCCUCCCUUCUCUGGGCGGAUUCGGUUGCGCCCCACCCGCGUCCCUGCUUUCUGAUUGGCUUAUGGUCUCUGCCAAUUAAAAGUUUUCCCUAAUGAUCCCGCCCUAUUAACCCUAUCUUUACUCUCUAGUGACUGGCGGGGCUAGGACCGGGUUUCUCAACUUGGGGCCUGUAGAAUCCACAGGAGCUUGUUGAAAUUCAGAUUCCUGGGCCCUACUCUUUUCGGAGAGCCUAACUUAGUAGGUGGGGCCGUGGAAUCUGUAGUGUGAACAAGUGUCCAAGUGAUUCUGAUGCCCCGCAUCCUUUGAGAAUGCCUCAUUUCAAUGGUCCUCGGUGCUUGGGCUUAGUCCUUCCCUAGUACUCAGGGUCGAAAUUGGAAGGGAAGCAGUUCAGUGACCCCUGUGAGACUAGUCUGGGCCAUCUGGAGGCUGUAAGCGUGUAGUAGAGGGAGGCAGGGGGAGGCAAGUGGGGCCCUCUGAGCUGGGGGGAGGACGUGGUUGUCUGGAGUCAGAGCCUGUGCAUCCGCCUUCCAACUUGCUCAGAGAAAACUUUGGUAACUAGAAGAAAGAUCCCAUAGCAUCAUCCCAAAUCCGGUAUUCGGCUUUAUCAACGUGGUGCACUGGUCGUGGUUGAGUUCCUUCUAAUAUAGCAUAAAACGUGGAUUUGCUCAACAAGUGAGAACGUAGUUUAAAGGAGAAUCAGAGAUCCUCGGCAUCCAGGGCAGAUUUCAUGGGUCUGUGACCUGUGCACUGCACAGGGCCCCAGGCUUGGUUUAAUAACUUGGUUAAAUGCUCUGCUGUCGCUGUCUUGAAACCCUUAAUAAUGUUUUGAGCAAAGAGACCCACAUUUUCAUUUUGCACUGGGCUCUGCAAAUUACAUAGCAGCUCCUGGGCUACAAGCAUUUCUACACGUAGGCUCCAGGUGCUUCCCUCAACACUUUGGCCUUCCUGCAGCGGAACCCCCACCCCGCGCCCGGCCAUGGCGGAACCUGGAGAACAACUGCCGGAGGAGGUGCUGGCACUCAUUUUCCGUCACCUGCCCCUGCGGGACCGCGCCGCUGCUGCGAGGGUUUGCAGAGCUUGGGCUGCCGCUGCCACCUGCAGCACUGUGUGGCACAACACGAACAUCAGGGAGCCGAGCCGCCUGGCGGCCAUAGAGUUGCUGACCGCACUGGCUGGCCGUAACCCCGAGCUGCGAGGCCUGUGCCUGGAGUGCCGCGGAGAAAAGCGGCUCUUCGACUCGGGCCGCGACGUCCUGGACGCCGUGCACGCCCUCUGUAGGGCUGCCCGCGCACUGCGCCACCUCGACCUGAGGCGCUUGCCCUUCACACUGGACGACGCUCUGGUGCUGCAGGUGGCACACGGCUGCCCGGAGCUCUGCAGCCUUUUCCUGGAUAACAGUACGCUGGUGGGCAGCGUGGGGCCAGGCUCCGUGCUGGAGUUACUAGAGGCCUGCCCCUGCCUACGCGCCCUCGGCCUGCACCUGGCCAGCCUGUCGCGCACCGCGCUGGAGGCACUGGCGGCGCCAGACCGCGCACCUUUUGAGCUCCUGGCCCUGCGGUGCGCAUGUCCCGAAGACGCACGCGCGCCGCCCCUGCCUAACGAAGCCUGGGCCGAGCUGAGCCGCCGCCACCCUGGACUGGCCGUAGAGCUGGAGCUGGAGCCGGCUCUGCCUGCCGAGAGCGUGACGCGCGUCCUGCAGCCUGCUGUGCCCGUGGCUGCGCUGCGCCUCAGCCUCUCUGGGGACACCGUAGGCCCGGUGCGCUUCGCAGCGCGCCACUACGCCGCAACCUUGAGCGCGCUCGAAGUGCGCGCUGCCGCCUCUGCCGAGCUGAACGCCGCGCUGGAAGAGCUGGCAGAGCGCUGCGCGGGCCUGCGCGAAGUGCACUGCUUCUGCGUGGUGCGACCCUCCGUGCUGCACGCCUUCCGCACGCACUGCCCGCGCCUGCGCAGCUACACGCUCAAGCUAACGCGGGAGCCACAUCCCUGGCGGCCCACGCUUGUGACGUGAGGCGACAAACCCUCUUUCCCCUCCCUGCGGACGUGUGACCCCUGAGAUGCUGCGUGGGUUUGCCCCGGGGCGCGUCAGCUGCUAGUCCUCUCCUUUAGGACUCUGUUGCCUCUUGUCCCUCUCGAGAAUUGGGGGCUGUGGGAUGGCGUCGGUACCAGCGCGGAGCAACCUGAGUCCACUCGUUGCUGUCAACAUCUGCAGACACCCACUGUCCCCGCCAUACGGGGAUCACCCUCCUCCAACCCCAGUCCUCUGCAAACGUUGCUCGGCGGCCCCGGCGUGGGAGGAGGGAGGGCACUGGCUCAAAGCAUGCCUCAGGGUUGAGUGUGAAAUAAAUCAAGCAGUAUCUCUACGUCCUGUGAAAGGCCGGGUCCGCUCUGAAGGGUGAGGGAGGAG